UAGAGCUAAUACGCAAAGUCGGGGAUCAUAGAAAGGACCGAAAGAACUUAGAGCUAAUACGCAAAGUUGUGCGUUGGGUAGUUUGUUGUGGGAGGUCGGAUUUGGGAAAGGAUAGUGUCAUGGAAGAGAUUCCAUUAGUGUGUGGCAAUUGGAAUUUCUUGAUCAAUCGAUGGGUUUUCUUGGUUGAUUCAAAAAGAGGAUGCAUAGUGCUUUAUGUAAAGAGAAGAAUGGCGUUUGACGAGUUCUGUGGAAUGGUAUAUGAGGAUUUCAGUUUGUAUAGGAGGAUUAACGAGGUCCAUCUAUUAUACAAACUUUCAAGAAAGCAUAUUUCUGAGGCAGAGGACACUCCUCCGGUUUUUGUUUGUAAUGCCCGUCAAUUUGAAGGAUUUAUUCGGCAAUGUGAAACUGAUAAUGUGCGAUGAUUGUGUGUUCAGAUAGAAGAAAUAGAGAGGAAGGUAGAAAGGGAAAAAGUGGAAGUAAAAUAUGGGGGAGAAAACAAGCUGGAAGGAGAGCAGACCAACGAGUGAAAGUCAUGUGGUAAAGAACCAAUGAUUGGUUCGGCUAUGAAUGAUAGUGUUGAUAUAGAAGAGGAAGGAAUUGGUGAUGAUGAAGAAGAGAGCGAUAGAUUCGACUGUUGUGAUGACAGUGACGGGGCAAGUGAGGGGGAUGAAGAAAUUGGGUUGCCUUGUAAGUUUGUAGGAGAGGAAGUAGUUUACCAGGAAGAGGUGAGAUGUGAAAGUAGGAGGGAAGGGAAAGGAGAAGUGGUGCGGAUUAAAGCUCUGGCUCGUAGUUCUAAAGUAAUGGAUAUGUCAGAUUGUGAUAUAGAAGUAGGGGACAAAUUUGAUACGAAAGAUGACUUAGAGACAAGAUUGAAGAUAUUGAGUGUGUAUAAAAAGUUUGACUUUGUCGUUGAUCGGUCAAGACCCAAUUUGUAUGUUGUGAAAUGUUGGGUUCCUGGAUGUCAAUGGAGAUUGCGAGCUUCACCGAUAGGCAUCAUUCUUGUUCUGUUUUGGAACGAUCUGCCCGGGGGUAGAAAAGCUACUCCAGAUGUUUUGGGAGAAUUGUAAAAGGGUUACGUGGGUGGUGUUGGGGAGGGGGUUGUGCCAAAUCAUGUGGGAGCUGCGUUAAAUCUACUUUAUGGAGUAAAGAAACUAAAUAGGAUGAGUAUUGGAAGAGUCAUCCCACUCUAAGAUGCGCGACAGAAUUAGUUAGGGGAACUUAUGAGAAAGGGUAUGAAGAACUCCUUGGUUAUUUAUACAAGAUUAGAAGAGCAAAUCCUGGUACACUUACUAGACUGGAAGUGGAUGAGUUAGAUAGUUUUAAAGCUGUUUUCAUUGCAUUUGGUGCAAGCAUAGAUGGAUUCACUUUUAUGCGUAAAGUGAUAGUUGUAGAUGGAACAUUUUUGAAAGGGAAAUAUUUAGGUAUGUUGUUAUUAGCAACAACACAAGAUGGGAAUUAUAACAUCUUCCCGUUGGCGUUUGCUGUAGUUGAUACGGAAAAUGAUUAGUCUUGGGAAUGGUAUUUUAGACAACUAUGCAAUGUGAUACCUGAUGAUGAAGGCCUAGCGAUUAUAUCAGAUAGACAUAAAUCGAUUGGAAAAGCUAUUGGUAGAGUGUAUCCCAUUGCAAGUCGUGGUAUUUGUACAUACCAUCUACACAAAAAUAUAAUGCUGAAAUUUAGAGGUAGUGAAACAUUCAGCAUGGUAAAGCAGGCGGCAACUGCUUCUAGGGAACAUGAUUUCAAUGUUAUAUUUCAGUAGAUCGAAGAAUUGAAUUUAGCAUUACAUCAGUAUUUGCUCCGUGCAGAUGUCAGGAAAUGGUCGAGAGUGCACUUCUCAGGUUGAUGUUGACACGAUGGUUUGCUGCAAGGCGUAUACAAGCUGGAAUGAUGACUAUUGUCCUUACCAAAGGUGUAGAGAAGCUGUUAGCGGGGCGUGCUGAGAGAGCUAGUAUACUAUCGGUCCAACAAAUUGAUCAUCAUCACUACGAAGUUCGUAGUGGGACUUCUGUGAAUGUUGUCAACAUGUCUCAAAGAAAGUGUUCUUAUCGUAUGUUUGACCUCGACAAACUGACUUGCAUUCAUGCUAUUGCAGCGGUGGAGAAAGCUAACAUAUGCAGGAUUUCUAAAUGCCACCCUUACUUUUGGACUGAAUAUCUAAGGAAAGGUUAUGCGAAUUCAAUAAUGCCCAUAGAUGAUAACUUUCCUCUACCAGGUUUGGUACAAGUUAAAGUAUGCAAACCUCCAUAUGUGCGCCCAAAGUCUGGGCGUCCAAAGCUUUCGAGGAUUAAAGGACAUUUUGAAAUGGCAUUGGCAAGUAAAAAGCCAAGAAAACCCCAUGCGUGUUCUAAUUGUGGCCAUGUUGGACACAACCGCAAGACUUGCAUUGGAUGAUUACCAUGGUUUGUCAUGAAAUAUUAGUUGUGUUUCACUUUGCAUUUUCCUUCAAUUUUGUAAGGUAUUGAAUUUAUACGAAUCCAUUUUUAUAA